GGCCCCGAGCACAUGAUGGCGAUACGGGAGCUCAAAGUGUGCCUUCUCGGGGACACCGGGGUUGGGAAAUCAAGCAUUGUGUGUCGAUUUGUCCAGGAUCACUUUGACCACAACAUCAGCCCGACCAUUGGGGCAUCUUUUAUGACCAAAACUGUGCCUUGUGGAAAUGAACUUCAUAAGUUCCUCAUCUGGGAUACUGCUGGUCAGGAACGGUUCCAUUCGUUGGCUCCCAUGUACUAUCGUGGAUCCGCUGCAGCUGUCAUAGUGUAUGAUAUUACCAAACAGGACUCAUUCCAUACCUUGAAGAAGUGGGUGAAAGAACUGAAAGAACAUGGUCCAGAAAACAUUGUAAUGGCUAUCGCUGGAAACAAAUGUGAUCUCUCAGAUAUCAGGGAGGUUCCUUUGAAGGAUGCGAAGGAAUAUGCUGAAUCCAUAGGUGCCAUCGUGGUUGAAACAAGUGCAAAAAAUGCUAUUAACAUUGAAGAACUCUUUCAAGGAAUCAGUCGCCAGAUCCCACCCUUGGACCCCCAAGAAAAUGGAAACAAUGGAGCAAUCAAACUUGGGAAGCAAACCAUGGCAGUCAGCCGGCGGUGCUGCUGACGGGCCCGCGGCCCGCUGUACUUGAAGACGCCGGAGCCCCCCCGUGCGCUGCCCAAGGACUCCAUUCUCGGUGGCCGGGCACCUCGCCUGGAGGGAAGUGAGCACGCUGGCUCGGCAUCCUGGAAGACCUGCAGGGAAUGGCACAGGAAAUGUCCCUGGAAAAGGCUUUGAGAAACCUCUAGAAAAACCCACCACCUUUCAUGCAUGAAAUGCGCACAGGAGAGAACGGAUGUUAGAUACUAAGCACAGUUGAGGUUUUGUUAAAACCCUUAAAAUAGUCUCAAUUUGUUCAGAAAUCUUACUGGCUUCUUAUGUGUGUAAGAUUCUAAAAGUGGUGUUCUGCUCUGACGUCCUGUGUUCCUUGGCCAAAUUCUAGUAAGUUCUUCAGUGCCAUUGCCUUUGUUACCUGACCAGCCUUCACUGAAAGACUAACUUAAUUUUAUUUAAUUUACCUUUCAGUGGAGUGUAAUUGGAUCAUCACUCAAGCUGUAGACUUGAGCUGUUGUCAAAGUGGAGAAAGAUGUAUCAGAAGCUGUUGUCUACAUCUCUGAUUUUUACUUGAUGAACGUUUUUCUAAGUUUGGGUCAUAUAUAAACAAGCAAAUCAACUCUGACUAAAAUAUUUUAUGUAAUUUUGGGAUUGGGAGGCCUGGUUUGGAAGAGUCUUUCAAGUACUUCCUAUAUAAGCAGUGACAGGUGUGGGAUGUAAAUAUUACCCCAGAGACCACUUGGGAUGAUGCAUCACCUCCACGGCAAUAAAUUCUUCCUCUCUUAGAGAGGUUUAACACACAGAGUAUUAUUUUACUAAUGAAUAUGACAUGGCAUCAUAUCUAGGGGGAAAAAUUAACUGGAGGAUGUUUGAGUCUAUAUUGUAGGGCAGACUUUUAAUAAUAGCAAUUAAUAGCAGGUUACUGGAAAGCCAGCCUAGGGAAGUACCAGCACCUUAAGGUUCUAGAACCCAAUUGCAAAAUUAGAGAAGGCAUUUUAGAAGAUGCUAAGCUUGGAGAAGUAGGUAUUAGGGCUUAAGAGGGAUCCAACUCUGGAAUGCCAAUUAACUUGAGCGUAGGCUUUGAUAAAAAGUUUCCUUUUCAGGUUCCCUGUCUGCUCAAUUAAUUAAAGAUGUCUGAAUGCAAAUGCAGUAAACAGAGAAAAGACAUGAAGAGGAAGAAAAGCUAUUUCCAUUCCAAAUUCAAAUUCUGUUCCCAUUCUAACUUUCAUAAUCACCUGGGAUCUAGAAGCAGUUGGUUUCCUAUUAGGGCUUAUACUGGGAGGUGACUAUUAAAGGAUAUUCAGAUCAGGGCCUUUGAUGGGAGCUAAGAAGCUGCAAAACAAUAGCCUCAGAAAUAGUUAAUUGUGCAGUGUGGUCCAUGAACAUUCAAGGGCCAGCAAACAUUUAUUGAAAACCUACAAUGUAAAAGCCAGGAGAGAGGUCAUGAGCUGAUUAAAGACCCCAAACUUUGAGUAACUCAGUGUGAACUGCCGCUUCACAGUCCUGUCACGUCUGUGUGCUCUGUGCCCUGAUGCACAGAGACACCGAGUACCGCCAUUGACAAAAAAGAAGAGUCCUUGAGAGACCAGGGUCCCUUCUUUAUGUGGAUGGUAAAUGGGUGGAGAUCACAGAUUAAGGGUUUUUUAACUCAAGAAUAUGCCAUCUAUUUGAUGUUCUUCACCCAGCUUGCAAGAGUAGUUUGACAGUCUUAGCAUGUGGAGGCUGUAAAUACUUAUUUUUUGGUUUAAAAGUGCCUCUUAGUUCUCCCAGACAGGUGCCUCAAAAAACGUUAGCAAGUGGCAUUUGGAUGACUUGGCAGGUUUUCUCCACAUUGUCAAUAUCGUUGUUUAACAUGAUUCUGCUGCUGCUUGCAGGCCGAGCAAUGAUCAUGCUGUUUCCAAAGUUAAAAACUUGGGAAUGAAAAUGGAAAUGCCCUCUUUCCAGUUGCAUGCAGACUGCUUUUGGAACCUUCCCUCAUUCAUCUGUCCCCGGCCUCCUGGGUUUAUCUCUAGAGAGCCUCUCGGCUUGCCUGGCUUUGGUACGGUCCCGGCGGAGUUCCGCAGAUUUGGGCUGGGCCUCUCGUGGUUGCAUUUUUGCAUAAAAUGGCUGGUAUUAUCCUCAUGUAGCAAGCUGCCCACGAACGAGGCCACGGUUCUGUUUCAGAAGCACAUGAGGGCGUGAAGCCACUCUCUUACCUUUCUGAACUGCCUUAACUAUUCAAUCCAGUCAGAUGACAACAUAUAUAUAAUUAUUACUUGGAGUCAUUGGCGCAGAAAGUAGUGGCAUUUGGGCACAGGAGCCUUUGCAUAAACACGGAGCUGCCUCUGAAGGUAGAUGCUCGAGCCUUGUCCAGGCUUUCUUAUCUACCUUUAUUCUGCCUUGAGAUUACUUUCUGGCUGUUCUAAUCAUUGAACUGUAACCAAGUAAUAUUUUGUAAAGGCCUGGAAAUUACCAUUGCUCCAAAAUGACACGUAACUUCAUGUGAUGUACUAUCCUUCACAUAAUUUUCCCAAAUGUGCUCCUUUUUCUAGGUUUUUUUUCUCUCCUUCCAUGUGUGGUACAAUGUGUAUAUGUGUAAAUAUGAUUCAUAUUUGUUACGCCAACAUGUAACCCAUUUCACUGGCUGAGUUUGGCUCACGACCGUGUUAUAUAAUGUAGGCACGGGUUCUCGCCGGGCUUGCUUCCCAGUGGAAAGCCCUAAGGUGGCAGUGCAGUCGUGCAAGCAUUUGAUGUAGGUACAUAAUUGACUUGCCAUUUCGUGCUCGAAAAUGGCACACUCGGGUGCUGAAUAUGACGUUACCUUGUAGCUAUAGAAGGUUGAAGACUUCAAAACUAACCCUGAGCCAACAAAAGGGCUGCUCCCCGAUGAGAACUGAAUGCAUUUUCUGAGCAAGGUUUGGAUGACUGAAAUACUUUCUCUAAGAUUAAGAGCGUGGCAUGUGUUGGUUGCAUUGAGCUCCUUGUAGGAGACUCCACUUCUCGUCGCUCUGCAGUGCGAGCAGGGAGUUGAAUGAGCCAGCUUACAAACAGAGGGGCUCUGAGCUGUAUUCAGACCUGUUAGGUAUCUAGUUUGUUCUUUCAAUCAGCAUUGUUGAAACCAGACCCAGUGAUCCAGUUCAGUGCUCUGUUGUGUAAACCGCUCCUUUUUCUCAUGUUUUUAUAAAGGGAUUCUGUCUGGGCUGGACCCAGUUCUCACAUAUAGAAGACACCGCUGUAGAUAGUUAGGACCUUUCCACCUUGUAUUCAUUCUAUAGUAAAGCAUCGCCCUCAGCGUUGCCCAAUUGUAUCUGUUAUUUUUGGUUUAACAACACUGAUUCAUACUAAUAAAUAUUUUAAGUUUUACCAUG